AUGUAUCAGUUUAUAGCACUUUCAUUAUUUGUUGGCGUUUGUACUGCCAGUUAUGGAGGCGGCGCCGGUGGUUAUGGUGGCGGCAGUGGAGGUGGAGGUGGAGGUGGCGGCUAUGGUGGCGGAUAUCAUUCAAUUGAAUUACCCAUAAAAUCAUAUCAUCACAUGGAAGUGAUCCCUGUGCCAUCAUAUGAAGAGCCGUCAUCGACUUAUGUUGACGUUCCCGGUGGUGUCCUUCCCGUAUAUUUGACAUUCAAGACCCAGUCAUCACCAGUGUAUGUUAAGCAACAACAUCGUGGCACCAAGGGCAGUUAUCAACAGUCACAAUCACAUGAUGAACCACAUAAACUGGUCCAUGAAGUCACCAAACCAGUCAUCCAAGAGGUCCGUGAAGUGAUCACUCCUUAUAGAAAGGUUGUCCAAGUAAUCAAACCGGUCAAAGAGGAAGUACUCACCAAAGUUCAUAAGGGAGAGCGCAAACAGGGCUAUGGAGGAGGAAGUGGUGGUGGAUAUGGUGGUGGAAAGGGUGGUAAUGCUGGAUAUGGCGGAAAUGGUGGAAAUGGUGGUGGCGGCUAUGGAGGAAUGGGUGGAGGAUAUGGAGGUAGUGGUGGAGGAUAUGGCGGUAAAGGAAUGGGUGGCGGAUAUGGAGGUGAUGGUGGCCACGGUGGUGAUGGUGGUUAUGGUGGCGGUGCCUAUGGAGGUAUGAGUUUGGGUGGAUAUGGCGAAGGUUAUUAA